CAGGUGUAUCCAGGUGACAGCUAUGUUCCAGGUGACAGCUAUGAUCCAGGUGACAGCUAUGUUCCAGGUGACAGCUAUGUUCCAGGUGACAGCUAUGUUCCAGGUGACAGCUAUGUUCCAGGUGACAGCUAUGUUCCAGGUGACAGCUAUGAUCCAGGUGACAGCUAUGAUCCAGGUGACAGCUAUGUUCCAGGUGACAGCUAUGUUCCAGGUGACAGCUAUGAUCCAGGUGACAGCUAUGUUCCAGGUGACAGCUAUGAUCCAGGUGACAGCUAUGAUCCAGGUGACAGCUAUGUUCCAGGUGACAGCUAUGUUCCAGGUGACAGCUAUGAUCCAGGUGACAGCUAUGAUCCAGGUGACAGCUAUGUUCCAGGUGACAGCUAUGUUCCAGGUGACAGCUAUGAUCCAGGUGACAGCUAUGAUCCAGGUGACAGCUAUGAUCCAGGUGACAGCUAUGAUCCAGGUGACAGCUAUGUUCCAGGUGACAGCUAUGUUCCAGGUGACAGCUAUGUUCCAGGUGACAGCUAUGAUCCAGGUGACAGCUAUGAUCCAGGUGACAGCUAUGUUCCAGGUGACAGCUAUGUUCCAGGUGACAGCUAUGAUCCAGGUGACAGCUAUGUUCCAGGUGACAGCUAUGUUCCAGGUGACAGCUAUGAUCCAGGUGACAGCUAUGUUCCAGGUGACAGCUAUGUUCCAGGUGACAGCUAUGUUCCAGGUGACAGCUAUGAUCCAGGUGACAGCUAUGUUCCAGGUGACAGCUAUGUUCCAGGUGACAGCUAUGAUCCAGGUGACAGCUAUGUUCCAGGUGACAGCUAUGAUCCAGUGCUUUCCUGCAUGUGUGGGUGACACAGAUACAGGCAGUGUGAAGCAGGGCUUGGACACCAUAGUAGGAGACAUGGGAAGCGUGGACCCUCACCAUGGACCCUCACCAUGGACCCUCACCAUGGACCCUCACCAUGGACCCUCACCAUGGACCCUCACCAUGGACCCUCACACCUCAUCUGAUGCCAAGUGCCUCCGCCGCGUACUGGGCAUAGCAUGCCACGACUUCAUCCCAAACUCCACAAUAAGAGGAAGACCGAGAGCCAGGUGCUCCGACCAGUUGGACGAUGACCUUCUCAACCCGGGACUCAACACGACAUCAGCCUGGGAACUGGCCCCAGAACAGGACGUCAUGGAGAUCCAUAUGUCGAGGCGGUACUCUCCAAGGAGAACCAAGAUGAGUGAGUGA